AUGUUUGACAAAUUAUUCAUUGAGCCUUAUCGAGAAGAGCGAAGAAUUCGACUUGGCCGUUCAAAAUUUAUUGAUAUUUUUUUUUACAGUGGUGUUUAUGAUUAUCAUUGGCUAAGAAUUUUUAUUAAUUUUCCUGUUGGAUUUCUGAUUGCUAUUUUAUUAUACAAAUUUGCUUGGUAUCAAAUUAAUUUUGCUGAAUUUGAUAAAAUUGCGGAGCAAAUCUUAAAAUGGUCACUUAUUCUUGCUUGCUCAAUAACAUUUGCAAUCAGUCCGUUAUUUCGAUGUGCAAUUAUAUGUGUUCUCUUUGGUGCUUUGGGUAAAAAUGGUCAAAAUCUUUUGACAGUUAUUGUUUUCAAUAGUUUGAGCAGUGGUCCAGUCGAGAAUAUUGUUCGAAAUUUUCAAGUUAGUACAGAUAUGAUAACCUGUCAUAUUAAGCAAAAGGAAGAUAUGAUGACACAACGAGUUGUUAUGGCUACUGGACCAAUUGAAAGUUUUAUGGCUAAACAAUUUGGUAAAUCAGCAUCAAAAGGACGUAAAGUGAUAGCAAUGUUAAAAUCAUUGGUAGAGCCAAUUGAAUAUGAUUUCACUUUAAGCGAUGAAGACAAAGCAUUAGCAACAACAAUUGAUGCUGCUGAGGUUCUACACAAACGUGAUAUGUUGCUUAAUAAAGAACCAGAAGAUGCAAAAAAAGAUUUAGAAGAUAAAAUGCAAAAAACAGCUGCACCAGCAUGGAAUAAAUUUAAAUCAAAACUAUCAAAAUUAUUAUCAAUGCGUAUGCACUAUCAAUGCAAUGAAGUAUUUGAUAAAGGUGUGAAAAAAUGUCAUGAAACAUUCCGUGAUAUGAAAAAUAAAUGUUAUUCUAUUCUUUGGUUUUUACCACUAUUUAGAGGACAUAUUUGCGAUAAAUUUGAUACACUUCAAAUUUGUCAAGUUUCAAAAAAGGUUGGCGAAGCGAUUACAUUUUGUGAUCAAAUGACUAAUCAGGUAUUAUCACGAACUAAAAAUUUAGAUAGUGAUUUGGUAGAUGCUCAUAAUUUAACGGAAGAUAUUUUAGAUCAUCUCCGCGUUAAUAUGCAUUAUCGAGCAAUUGUUGAGCCACGAAAUGUUCGAAUUUAUGGGAUCAAAGAAGUGAAAUAUCGAAUUGCUCAAAAUUUUCGUUUAUUAAAAAUUAUAUUGAUAACAUUGAAACAAAUUUUGGGUUGCUUAUUUGUUGUUAUGAUUUAUACCAUAUUUCGUGAUUCUGUUAAAAUGAUAAAUAAUUAUCUAAAUGAUAUUGAUUUUGAUAAUGUUUAUUUGACGUCAUACUUUUGGCAUAUUGAUCGUAAACGUAAAAAUGAGGGAAAAAUAUUUUUACAUCCAUUAAGUAAUGCUGAAAUGCGUGCAAAUAAUUUGAUGACACCAAUUUCUCCUCCAACAAAAGCAGAAAUACGCGCUUCAUGGUUACCACUUGCAAAAUUUACAUUUUUAUUUAUUACCGCUUUAUUUGUUUUAUUUGUUGAUUUUGUCUUUUACAGAGUUAUUUAUAAUAUUUCAAAAUAUACAUCAAAAUAUGUAACAAGCGAGAGUCAACAAUUUUUUAGUUUUAAGAUUGAUGGUACCGGAUUUAUAGCUGAUUUAGUAAAGGAAAUGAUCGAAUUUGAUUAUCACAGUUAUAGAAAUAUGACGGUUUCACUAGAGGAAUGCAUUUAUAAUCCGGUAUCACCAAACUGGUCAUAUGCCGGAAAAUAUAUUCUUUUCCCACUCGGAAUAAUGUUUCUUCUUCAGGUUAUAUUUGGUUAUGUGAUUAAGCGUAUUACACUUUUUUGUGUAAUUGGAAAUAUUUUUCGUAAACGUAAUAAAGCACGUGUAAUACAUCUUUAUAAUAAAAUGUUAUUUGUACGUACGAAUGGUCGAAAGUUAGCACGAGCACGAAUACGUUUUCAAGUGGAACGUAGAAUUUUAGAACGUGAAGAAAUUCGUCGAAAAAGCAAAUUAUUUGCUGAAACAAUAGUGGAAAAAUUGGUAGAUUUUCUAUUCAAAACUGGAAUAUGUUUAAUGUGUGAAGUGAAAUAUUAUAAAAGAAAUUUAAUUAAUUGCUCAAAUUGUCCAGCAUCUUAUUGUUCUGUAUGCUAUGAAGAAAAUUAUCAAAUAUGUUAUGCUUGUUUAGCAAAAAAAGGCGAAGUUACGUCAACAAAGACGACGUAUAAUCCAUUGGAUGUGCCAAAAAUUGAAAUGUCCGAAGCUUCUUCACCUUCUAAAUGA